AAAAAGUAUAGGAUUCGGGACCGCCUUAGCAACGACGGCGUUUACACAGGCGAUAUACAUACAAGCUUCUGAAUCUGCAUAAUUAAUAUUGGUGCGAAUCGCGAAACGAGAUUUCAAAACCUUCUCCAAAUUUGAUUCUGAUUCAGAUUACAAUUUCAAAUGUCUACUUUAGCUGCAGCAAGAGCAGACAAUUUUUAUUACCCGCCAGAAUGGACUCCGAAACAGGGUGGUUUGAACAAAUUUCAUGGUCAGCAUGCUUUACGGGAGAGAGCAAAAAAGAUAGACCAAGGCAUUUUGGUAAUAAGGUUCGAGAUGCCAUACAAUAUAUGGUGUGGUGGUUGCAAUUCCAUGAUUGCAAAGGGUGUUCGGUUCAAUGCAGAAAAAAAGCAAGUGGGAAACUACUACUCUACGAAGAUAUGGAGCUUCUCUAUGAAAGCGGCAUGCUGCAAACAGGAGAUUGUUAUUCAGACUGAUCCCAAAAAUUGUGAGUAUUUGAUUAUUAGUGGGGCUCAGAAGAAGACGGAGGACUACGACGUCGAGGAUGCAGAGACAUUUGCUCUUCCUGCAGAUGAAGAGAGAGGCAAGCUGUCAGAUCCAUUUUAUCGGCUUGAACAUCAGGAAGAGGAUCUACAGAAGAAGAAAGAAGCUGAACCAGUAAUAGUGCGCCUUCAACGAGUAUCUGAUGCCCGACAUUCAGAUGACUAUGUCCUCAACAAAGCACUUCGAGCUCGACUUAGAAGUCAAAAGAAAAGAGUUUCUGAAGAAGAGGCCACUUCCAGGAAAAUGGGAAUUAACAUACGGCUGCUUCCGUCUACAAAAGAAGAUGCUGCUAGUGCAGCACACGUGAAGUUCUCCUCCAAGUUUGAAAGAAAUAGGAAAGAUAAGCGGGCUUUGAUUCAUGCUGCUUCAAUCUUUCCCGAAGCUCCUGGAUCGUCCUUGUCUAACAAGAAACUUUUGGACUUGGAAGUCAAAAGAAGGAAGAUCAGUGCAGCUGCAGCCUCCAACUUGCUGACCGGUGGAUUCAAGCCAUCUUCUAUGUCAAAGGGCCCUAUAUCUUCCGUCAGGCAUAAGCAAAACUCAAGGCGAUUUUAGCUAUAGUUUUCAACUGAUAUAAAGCUUCUCUUAAUUUGGGUUUAAGAUCUUGCAUGUUUUUCUUUUGCCACCCGCUGUCAGUUGUAAACGACUUAUAUCAUGUAAAUACGAGUUUGCUGUUUGCUUGCUUUCUUUUGCUUGUUGUCCAGGGUAUGUAACAAGAGGUUACGGGACGGUGGUUGUAUGCAAUUACUCAUAGAAUGCUUACUGUAUUCGUGCGCGUUUGAGGUCCUGAAAAUGGAGUUGAGGCGUGCUAUAUGUAAUUAAUAAGGUUGCUGUGGUGUAAGAUUUCAUAUUAUCAAUUAAACUUUACCUUAAAUGUUGUUA